GGUCACCUGAUGGAUAUCCGUCCUUGAUACGCUUGUAUGAAGUUCCAAUGUGAAGCAUAGUCCAUGGAUACCAUAUUUUCCGUUUCAAAAGCCCCCCGAAGCAUCAUCGAUAACUGCGCCCCUUGUAUUGGUCCAGGAGACAGCUCAAACGGUCUACUGUCUGCAGCGAAAUUCUCUCAUUCAUCUUGCUUAGAGACGACGAUUCACAGCGAACGCGGAAUGGCCACUAAUAUGGCUGCGCAUUUAUCUCUACGCACAGGAUCAUUGUCCACACCAGUCUCAUCGUCUCACUUAAUGCAUUUCACGAAUGACAUCAGCUUGUCGUCCAUUAAAUCGUCGUUAGAUGGAUCACCAUUGGUUGACGAUGAGGAUGAUGAUAUGCGGUCUCUGUUGGCCGCAGCCGCUGCUGUGGCAGCUUCUGUUUCCCCGGGCUCUCCGCAUUUACGUUCUUCCUCUUCCGGUUUAAACACUCCUCCGGAUACGCGAUUGUGUCGACCCCUUGAUAGUGUCAUGGAUGACGGUGAUGUUAAAUCUACCUUGGAAGAUUGUGAACGCGGACUUCACACUGUUGGGGGUGCGGCGCUCCUUGUGUCACGCCUCAGUUCGACAGCAUCGGCUUACGCUAAUGCUGCUGAUUCUCUGAGUGUUCAUCUCCCAUCCACAUCGACUUCUACAUCAAAUUCCACAUUUUCGAAUGUCCAACCCACCAGUUAUUCUUCUACUGGUGUGGCGCACGAUUCUCCUUCUUCUCUGUUUUUCAGCAUUCAGCCCCCCUUAUCCAACUCUUCAGAGCACUCCCUGAAUCCAUCUGAUUUGUCCACAUACUCCGACUCUGUUCGCUUUCACAAUUCCGUUUCCUUGCCUGAUAAUUUCAUACCCAAUGUCACUUUCGGUCCCAAACUCAGCCAUCCAUCCACUCCGUCCCAGGCACACAGAGCUUUGCUGGACUUCACUUUACAAUGUCCUGGUUACAAACAACCACCUGAUAUACGGAUCAGUGAUCAGUAUUGCUCCUCUCUCUCUGACGGUGUUUACUCUAGCUCCGACACAUUUUCUUCCGAUGACCCAAAUACUUAUACCGAGUCUCAUAUUCUACAGUCACGUUUCACUUCCAACUUGCCUGAAUCUGUUCACUCUACACUCCUUACCACCCAUCCGUUAUCUAGCCAGCGUAGUGAUAACCAAGUUGUCGUUGCUCCCCCCACUUGGUCACGCGUUGACUUAGGGGAUAGCUCCCCUGCCGACCAGAUUUGUACCUCUACCACCUCGGCAAUCACAUGUAAGCCGGAGUGCCCACAGUAUAGUUUACCUAACUCUAAAAAUCUGCUUCCCGCAUCAUUUGUACGUAAAGCAUCAUCGCAGCACUGUAGCACGAUCAAAUCAGACUGUACAGUCUUUCAGGCGGAGCUGCCCCCCAACUGUCCUGUCUCAAACAAUUGCACUGAAAACUCUCACACAACCGAAGUUAUUGGCCGCACUGAAUUCGGAUGCUCGGAAUCCGUUUUUACGACAGCUUCCUCCGGAGAAGUAACUGUGGCUGACGAUCUGUGCACUUAUAGCCUGCACAAAUUAAAUGCAAUUCACUCACCCAGAGUCAACCCUGCUCCUUCUGAUCGACCCAUCGCUGGGACACCAGAUUCGGAUGAUAACAGUAGCCCUUGCCCUUCCGAUGGCAUGCUGCCAGUUGUCUCGAAAUCGUCCAGCUCAUUGGCAGAUGAACCCUUGGCGUGCACGCCGCCUAUAUCCUCGGAUUGCAAUUUCCCCUCCGAAAAUCACUCCUCGCCCUUUUUGGAUGGUCAAACAUCGGUUGCUACAAGCUCUGCUGACCUCAAAAGUACUUCUUUGACCCCGGGGUUAUUCAAACCGGCCGAAGGGGACACGCUACUUCCACCUGAUGACAAUACGGUUAAAAUGGAUCUUCAGACUACUUCUAACACGCCUCAAAUAUGUGAUGAAUCCGAAUACGUUUCUGCGGCUGUUGCUGCCGUUGAGGAUGUUGUGUACGCACUAGCCGGAAAUCGGAGGCCCGACCCUUCACUGGCCGUUGAUCCCGCUUUAGAGGGGACGGGGACAGAUCGUAUUUUCAAUCUAAAUUUAGCCCCGGUUCAUGUCGACACGAGCUUUAUCUCCACCUCUACUUGUCAUUCUAGUCUAGGCACUUCCUCUGUAGGCUCGGUCAACGGAACUUACUCCCUCCGAACCAAUGACACAUUCACUAUCCCUGACAUACCAAUUGUAUCAGUCGCUCUGCGAACUAGCAUAGCGCUUGGACCUACAACCAUCGAUCCAACCAUAUCCUCCGGUCAUCUCUCUCAGCCGCAAUCAUGUAACAGCUCUACCGGUGGAACACAUGAACCACUCACUCAGGCAGAUGCUUCAAACAAUGCUUCUGCUGUAGAUUGGGAAAGAAGCGACUCAAGAGAAGAGUUUCGCUGCUCAUCUUGUAAUCGCGUGUUUGCUCAGAAAUCGCUGCUGCUGAAACAUCGUAUUAUGCACGAUGAACCCAGACAUACUUGUGAUGCGUGUGGCCGUUGUUUCGUACGCGAGGAUAAAUUGAAACGUCACAUUAUGUCCAUACACACUACGGAGAAGCCUCACGCGUGCUGCAUUUGUGGAAAGGCUUUUUCUCGAAAGGACAAGCUAAAGGACCACCUCAAACAUCACGAACGGGCUGCACGAAAUUUCGAAUGUCAACAGUGUCAGCAGCGAUUUGUUCAAAAGUCAGAUCUGAAUCGGCACAUUCGCGGCGUGCAUCAAGGCGAGCCUGGUGUGGGGAUCAAUAUGGGAACAAAACGUCGCGCAACAAGUGGUGCUCCUAUCCGAUUGAAUAAGAAAAAGUCCAGACCAACCCCCUUUACCGUUGGUAGUACGGGUAGCGCAUUUUCCACCGUAGUCACAAGUCAGUCUGAUCCGGAAUCUCAGACGCUAUUCAAAACAAACUGCCGUUUGAUGGGAUCUGAGACCGUUAAACCGGAACCUGUCAGCCCAAAUGCAGAUCCUUGCACUAAGAGUGAUGUUCCCGCACAGGACACCUCUUUGUCCACAGUGGCUCACAUGACCGGCACUCCUCUGUGUGGUUUGUCUGCAAUAGCUCACUCCCAUCCGUUAUUUACCGCCGGCGCCACUCCUGGCCUCAUGCUUCCCGCAAUGACCUUGACUCAGGCUGCAGCUGCUCAACAGCAUUUCGCUCAACAACAACAGGCCGCAGCUGCCGCCGCAGCAGCUGCUGCUGUCAUGUUACCCGGAGGGGCCACUGUGGCAUCUAUGGGACCAAACAUCAACCGCGCGUCCACGCUCGGUCUGCCGCAACAACCUCAACAACAGUUCUUCGCUAUCAACGCUAUACCCCACGCCAAUUUAAGUCAACCAAUUGUAGCAGGUCAUACUCAACAGCAGCAACAACAAGCCACUCAGUUACAAACUGUAACAUCCAAUGCGGUCCAGGGAAAUGUCCAGUUGCAAUCGGAACUGAAGACUGUUGCCACUCCGUCCGGACCGAUGAUGGUAUUGACUCGUAUUGCUGCAGCGAAUCAGGCCGGCCAGGCCCAUCAAUUGGCUAGUCAUGCUGUCUUCCCCCAAAUGGUCGGUUUCCAUCCUGCUAGUACACAACAGCAAUUACACCAACUGCAGCAGCAAGCUGCCAUGGCCCACCAUCACCAGUUACUACAACAACACCAGGCUAGUUACGCGGCUGUUGCGGCCGCUGCAAACACACGGUUGGUGGCCGUCUCAGGUCAGCAGCCUGGGCACGCUUUGGCGGCCUCUGCCAAUCUUCAAAUCGGAUCCAGCCACUCUGUUGUCGCGCAUCAAUUUCAUCUACACCAACAAGCGACUCAGCAGCUUCAACAACAACAAGCUGCAGCCGCUUUGGCAGCUCGUCAUCACGCGGCUCAGAGUCUCCUGUUUUCUUCCGCCGCUUCUAGUGCAACCCCGGCUGGGUUCUUCUGCCACCCACAAGAUGGCGUAACUGCUGGACUUCUAUUAGCCUCUUCAACAGAUCCAGCAAGUUUUGCUCUAGCAGCUGCUGCUCAGGCCCAAGCUGCGGCAGCCGUAGCUGCACAACAACAAACCGGUGCAUCGAGUGUGAUGCAGACAGCACCUGGAGGGACUUUGUCCGCGUCAGCUUUUGCCGCAGCUACCGGCCUGCAGGUUGUCUCAAGCUAUCCAGACGUCACUCAGGCCGCAGUCGCACAGCAGCAACAGCUGCUGUUGCAACAGCAUCAUCAACAGCGUCUCGCAGCCGUCGCAGCGGCAACACAUGCUGUCUCUACGUCCACCUUAACUACACCAACUGUCUCCAACCUCUUUGUGGGCUCCAACUCCGUCGGCGGGAACGUUCUCAAUGGGUCGGUUCUCGUUACUUCCUCUCCCGAUGAUUCCUUGCUCCAGAGUUCCGUUCCUCAAGUGGUUAUGGCACAACCGGACUCCACGGCCACCAUGAGCAACUGUUAUCAACUGGCCGCUGCGCUCUAUCAGCAACACCAUCCUAGCCUCGUGUUCGCCGCGGCUCACGGUAAUGGGGCCCACCCGACUGCGGCUACCACUGGAUCUGCGGUAGCUGCCAUGGCCCUGCAUCAUCAGCAGCAACAAUAUCAACAGCAGCAGCAUGCACAGCACCAAGUAGGUCUUAUGGCAGCCUACCAACAGCAGCAACAUCACUCUCUUCUGCAGCAACAGCAGUCAUCUUCCUAGUCGGAAUGCCCGAGUCCGUUCCGUUUGCCUUCCGUUGUAAAUAUGUGCCACAAACCUCUUUUCUGGCUCCCUGACGUCUUUGUAUUUUAAUUCACCCUUGCUUUUUCACCCCCAGGUCGCUUCUGUCUUCCAGCCUGUAUCUAUAUAAAUCUCUUUUUAGUUUGCCCUCAUUUGACCCUUUACGUUUAUUCCGGUUUCAGUUAGUUUUUACGUUUUCUGCCUAGACUUCAUGUGUUUCACUGUAGCUGUGCUGUCAGUCAUAUGUUUGCGAGCUUCUCGAAUGUGAAGUCUGCGGUGCAUAUGUAUAUAGACCUCCAUCUCUAUUCUCUUGUCCCAAGCUUGUAUAUAUUGCUGUUUCCCGGAUAAAAAGAGGUCUUUUCCUGUAUGCUAUACGCCCAACUCAACUGUGAAUGCAAUAAAUCGUUUUCGCUCUCGGAACCUAUUCAUUUAUUUACCUAGCUCGGUCUCAUAGACUUUUUUUUGCAUAUUUUCCCUUUUUGCUAAUGCAUGCCUCUUCACGUAUUUCUAACUUCCUAAUUCCCCUUACCGUGUACAUUGCAAUGCCAUUUUGAUCAUUUUGAGCUCUACUUUCUAACCAUGAAUCGACUGUGUACAUGACAUGAAUAUUUACGGUCUUUUGGUGCAGCAUCCGCUCCAGUUGACUUCUCUCCUUUGCUCCGCUUUUUCAUUAUGUACAGCAGUUUUCCUUACCUUGUAUGUUUUCUUCUCUCUUCAUUUAUAUUGCCACAUGUGUACGUAUAGUACAACUGUUUGCUAAUCAAUUUUGUAUUUCUUUAGCUGUGGUUCUUCCUCGAUCCAUUGCACAGAUGAUAACGCUGAAGCUCGAUAUUAACUUUGAUUGGCUUUUCAGAUCUGUCUCCCUAAAUUAGACAUCAUGCCGCCUAUCGCAUUCCUUCAGAAGACGUUUAACACUCCUCUCCUAAAUCCUGCCAAGUCUUACUGCUCUCGUGCAUGAUGUCUAUCA